AAAAAGAAAAGCUUUUUUUUCAAUUUCUCUGUUUAGAUUUUAGUAAUCAACCGAUUGUUACAAUUAACUGUUUUCUUUUAAUUUGUUUUUUCCACUUUGAUCAAUAUUAACCAUGGAUCAAUCUUUGGAGGGGACCAAGAAACCAUUGGAAUAUUUGAGUGACAUUCUUGAAUAUCGAGACGAGAAGAAGAUUAAAUCAAUGGACAUUGAACUGAUUUGGUCAAAUGUUAAACUGUUGAGUGAUCAAUUGUUGGAAAAUGGUUUACCAAUUAAUGAACGGGAAAAGGCGACCGUUGUUUUACUAGGCCUACUUUAUCAUCCAUUCGUUUAUCUUGACCUUAGACCAUCUGAAAGACCCGAUUCUUCACUUGAUGCUUACCUGAAAAUAGCCAAUUUAAAUGGGAACAAUUUGAAGGAAACUAAUUUCAACCUGUUGACUGUUUAUUCUAUUGUUAAAUUGAUCGCUGAUUUACAAGAAGAUCUUUUCACCCUGAUUGAUUCAAUUCGUGGCCUCAUGAAGACACAGGAAAGAAUAUUUCUUGAGAUGAAUUUGUCUUUUGGUAAAAUGUUAUAUGCUGUUAGUAUCAUCUCAUACAUUGGAUAUGGUUUGGAGAAAGAUUUUCCAAAUAAUUCUCACUUUUUUCCAAAUGUUUUCUCAUCUCAAUAUAUUCUCAUUCGUCAUUUACCGUUUUUACAUCUUCUUCUAUCUCAACAAGAAGAAAAUAUUUUCGAUAAAGGUCUCAUUCUAAGUGUAAAGCUAUUCCGACGUCUCGCUCGUGGUUCAUUGGACUCAACUUUUCUUGAACUUCUCACAGAUUCACCUAUCGACAAUUGUCUAAUCAAAAUAAUGAAAUUCAGUUGUAACAAGAUUCAAAGGUCAACAGCAUUGUCUCUAUUCAAGUUGUUCGUUAAUAGUUUCAAGUUACCUACUCGGUGUCAAUUACUACUCAGAAUACUUUCCAAUCCGGAUAGUGAAAAAGGAUCUCAACGUUUGGUGCUGUUAUUGUAUAAAGAUCUGUUUGUUUAUGAGGAUGAUUGGACAACUUUAACUGACAAUUUAAAUCAAGUGAUUCAACGAUCAGUUGAAUUGAGUUUACCUCAAGGAGUUAACACUGAUUUGGCAGAAAAUUUUGAUUCAAUUUGUACUCUUUUGAAUUUUAUUAGAUAUCUUUUAUUGAGAGAUAAAUAUCCUAUCAAUGAGUCCAAAAUUUGGAAUAUAAUUGAUUGGUUGAGAAAGGAUUGCAUCGAUUUAAUUUGGCAAGCAAUACAAAUUUCGAAAGCACAAUACAAGGCUCGACUACAAGAAAUGGACGAACCAGAUUUCAAAGUCAAAGGAAAUGUUGAUGAUAAAUUUAAAGUUGAAAUUCUAAAUGAAAAUAUUACUGAGGCACAAAAGAUUGAUAUUAUUCCAGAUAUUUCCGAGGAUCAUGAAAGAGAAUCGUUAAGAUUAGGAUUGAUCAAUUUGGAUAUGAUGAGAAGUCUAGUUGCAAGAAUUAAUGACAUAAUUGAUGAAUCAACUCGUUGAAACAAUGGUAAACGACCUUCAUCAAAUUUAAAUCGAUCCAAAUUAAGAAGCAAGAGAAAAGAAUUAAUUAAAAAGCCAUUUCAUCAGGAACAAGAGUAAAGAUCAUGAUAAUCAGUUGUAGAUCUUUGAGAUCAUCACUUUUAAACCAAAGAUUGUAAAAAAUCAAGAUCAAAUGUUAAUCAUUUUCCAUAAUCAUUUUUCCUAAUCAUUAAUUGUUGUAAACAAAAAAAAAGAGAUCCACAAAUGUAAAACAUAAUAUCGUCACAAAAUUUUCCUAAUGAUCAUCAUCAAUGUUUUGUACGAAGCGAG